AUGAACGACUUUCCACCACCGGGGAUUCCUAUCAAGAAAAGGGGUUUCAGAGAAGUGUGCGAGGUCGAUGGCCGUACAUUCUUCAAGAAGAGAGGUGCACAGGAGUGGACCGAGGACACUUCCAAUCCAGAAGAGCUGAAGCCACCCAUUGAAAACCCUUGUCUCUACCUCUAUCUCGUCCAAGAAAAACAACUCCCCGGAGAACCAAACCAUUGGGCACUCUUCCUUAGCGACGAAAACGAGCCCGACUACGGUUAUGUUUAUCAAGUCAGCGGAGAUGCAGAGGCUAUGAAAUACGAGCCGUCGACUGAAAAGAUCAAUGUCCUUGACGCGGGCCUCUGUUCAAACGUCUAUACCCUGGCUGUUGUGUCUCAAGAACAGGACAGGGCGGCGAGGGUGGUAAAAGAGGCUGCAGAGUCGGAGCUUCCUCCCCAAGCGGAGAAUCGGAAGGCUGUUGCGGAAAAUUGUCAGGGGUGGACUAUGCGUGUUAUCGAGAAGUUGGUCAAAGAGAAGAUUGUUAUGCCUCAAAAGCUUGAAGUGGUAAGGUCUUUGAUGGAGGUCGUUUGA